UGUGGGUCAGCACAGUCUUCUGUCUGUGGGUCAGCACAGUCUGUCUGUGGGUCUGCACAGUCUGUCUCUGUGGGUCAGCACAGUCUUUGUGUGGGUCAGCACAGUCUUUGUGUGGGUCAGUACAGUCUGUCUCUGUGGGUCUGCACAGUCUGUCUCUGUGGGUCUGCACAGUCUGUCUCUGUGGGUCUGCACAGUCUGUCUCUGUGGGUCAGUACAGUCUGUCUCUGUGGGUCAGUACAGUUUGUCUCUGUGGGUCAGUACAGUCUGUCUCUGUCUGUCUGUGGGUCUGAUGCUUUACGCUCCUUUCCUGCAGGCAGCUACAUCACCACCAUCGGGGUGGACUUCAAGAUCCGCACAGUGGACAUCGAUGGAGAGCGGGUGAAGCUGCAGAUCUGGGACACGGCGGGGCAGGAGAGGUUCAGAACCAUCACCUCAACGUACUACAGAAACACCCACGGGGUCAUUAUAGUUUACGAUGUGACAAAUCCAGAGUCUUUUGUGAAUGUUAAGAGGUGGUUAAACGAAAUCUCCCAGAACUGUGACAACGUCUGCAAGAUCCUGGUGGGAAACAAAAGUGAUGACCCCACCCGGAGACAGGUGGAUACCCAGGAUGCAAUGCGUUUUGGGGAGUCAAUGGGGGUUCGGGUGUUCGAGACCAGUGCCAAAGAAAACAUAAACGUGGAAGAGAUGUUCAUGGCCUUCACCCACAUGGUGCUCCGGGCCAAGAAGCAGAGCCAGAACCGAGCGGAGCGGGAGCGAGAGCGGGAAAAAGACACGGUGAACAUCAACUCCCACCGAGACCGGGAUCGCCGGAAGAGAGCGAAGAAAUGCUGCUGAACAGACUCUACCACGAAGAGCAUUCAGACAAGAUGGGGGAAAACGUGCCUUAGGAGAAAAGUCUCUGCGUGUCAAACUGCAGACGUUUGGAAGUGUGGCGUUCACUGGCUGCAGGUGGAGAGGGGACCUGAGGCAGAGGGUUUACAGUCUGUCAGCACUAACUGCAUGUAGCAGCCUGGAGGGUCAACGAGUUAAAGGACCCUUCUGGGGUUUUUCCGUGAAACUUUAGCCCAUUUACUACCACAAUCACAUUGUAGAUGCUAUUUUGAAGCUGCAGAGCAUAGCCAAGACCUAUAGCUCAUUAGAAAAACACAAAGCGUGCCCUUCAGGUGUCAGAGCAGAAAUAAGAGUGAAACGCAGGUAAGAGUUCACACAAGGAUAAUAGAAACACAAAAUCUAAGUAAAGUAGUAGUAUAACAAAUAAAAAUAGGAUUGCUGUAGCGUUUCCUAUAUUUUGCUCCGCUGCCGUGCAGAUGGAGACUUUUUUGGUAAGUCAGACAGCUCUAUAAAUAAAUGCUCAGAUUUGCUGUUGAAAAUACCAUCUAUAGAUCAGUGUUUGCAUACACUUUUUUUGUUUGUAACGGGACUCUACUAAUAACUUUUCAAAGUCUUUUAACCUGCUAAUUAGUUUCUAGAUUAAUUUAAAAUGACAUUGGUGAAAUAUUUCCCAGGUGAUGCUACCAGAUGUUUUAUUUAAUCCAAAACAAAUACAUUUUCAACAUAGUUUCCACAAAUGAAAGUUCAGAUUAAUUUGAAAUGUUGAUAUUCAGGCGUGCAAGAUUAUCUCAACGUUUGGGUGACCUCUUACCUUUCUUUGCUGCCAACAUAACGUUUCAACUUGAACACAAGAAAUGUUUAAAGCUGUUGGACAGAUGCCAUGAAAUGUAGUGCGCUUUCUUUCACAGUAUGUGUUUUGCCUCACCAGAUGACGGAUAUAAGACAGACCUGAAGACAUCUACAUGUCAAUAUGUACUCAUAGUGAUAGCUCCACAAGCAAGCAACAGGAAGUGUUGAGACUCACUUUAAGCCCUUUACAUGACAGAUGCACAGUGUUGACUACGCACAAUUACCAAGUGCUCUUUAUAAUAAAAAAUGUACACAGGAAGUGGCAAUUAAGUCCUACCAGCAAUUCUCAAAAGAUUCCAGAACACAAAGCAAAAGUCCAAAUGGAAAUGUAGUCACUCAAUUGGCUUUUUCCCCCUUGCAACUGUGAUCGUUAUUGCAGAGAUCAAAUUGUUGCCUAUAUCAACAAAACAAAUUGUAAAGAUGUCUUAUGAAAACAGAAUCAUAUAUAUUUGUACCAGGGGUAUUGUGAUGAUAAUGACUACGUGCACAAAAUAUAUAUUAGAUUUUUGAUCAAUAAUUAUAGAUUGAAUGAAUUAGUAGUUAAAAGGAAACAAUAUAACACCUAGGAAAGUACAUCAAUUUACUGUGACGCAGCCUUUACAACACAUUACGAUAUUGAGUCUGUUGUCGAAAUAUUGAUAUAUUAGGCAGCCCUAUUUUUAGAUAUGGAUUAAAAGCGUGUGGUUGUGGUGUAUGAGCUAAAACAUCUAAUCUCCGGUACGGUCCUUUAACUUUGCACUAGUAAACCACUGUUAUGUGCCAAUGUUUUAUUCUUGUCUUAAUACAGUAAACGUAUUUACCACUGAAAGGGAACUGGGUGCAGUUGUUACUAAAG